AUGUGGCCUAGCGUACCCUUUUUAAGGCGUGUAAGCGACCUAAUCCGCAGUAUACCGUCAAACGAAGAGCACCAGGUAGCACAGGGAAACCCGUUUCCGCGGGCAUCUGCCGAAGAUCCCACCAUUUUAAGGGCCACUAAUCAGUCUCGGCGCCAACAUUUACGCACCAUCAUCCUCGCAUCCCAUUUUUCACACGACGCCUCUGCACCCCUUGUCCGCGAUUCCUGUCCACUCUAUUAACUGCAGUGCGGCAACAAUUACUACGCCGAGGAUCAGGAGUGCCUGAACCGAGUGAAGACGCUGCUGAUAUCGGCCCGCCUCGGCGAGACUUCUCCCGCCGACGGUGCCGGCUGCAAUCGUGAGUCAGGCCAACCGGCUGCGGUGGCGAAUGCUGCGGAGGGGCUGUGCGAUUGGACGGCCUCGAGUCCGGACGAGGCGGCCGAUGCAGCCGACUCGUCGAAAAGGGCCCAGUCAGAGUCAGUGCUCGCCGGACUCGACCUGCUGGCGGCUUUCAGACCGCUCAGUCCUUACGUGUCUCCGCAGGCUGGCGUGCAAGACGAAGAGGACGAAGAGGAGCUAAACGAGACUCAAGAAGAGGAGGACAAGGCGGAGGAGGAGGGUUACGAAGUUGUACGAGGGCGAGAAGGUGGUGGCGAGAAGACGGACGACAAAUCGGGUCGUAUCGACGAGGGUGUGGAGCCGAGGAUGUCUGUAACAUCGGCGCAUUCCGCGGGCCCGGUCGUCGUGCGGCAGUCGGCACCGCCCGCCGCGAGAGACGACCUCGAGGCGGACUGCCAGUCUCCAGACGUCCAGCACGAUCAGCUGACGCAUGAGCAACCGCAAGAGGCGAAACGGAGUCUGAAGCGGAGGCGCUUUCCAGCAGACUCGUGCCUGGAAUCCUCUUUCUCCGGCCGGCUGCAUCUCCGCUUCGGUGUGGCACCGAGCUGGGCCCGGGGGCAGAUGGCCAGACAGGGUCGUCUGGCGCAGUACCUGCGCUCGAACAAGGAGAACGGCCAAUUGGCCUUUAGCCAGCCCGGCGUUAUGAUCAAAUGGCCUUGCAAGGGGUCUGUUGAUUUCGAUCCCAGACCGGUCUUCCCCGGAUUCAUAGACGGGUACACAACACCUGCACCGACCCCUUGCAUCACUGACGGUGUCCAUGCGCCUCCUGGGCCCCUCUUUUUUUGCUUGAAUUGUCCCUUUUCCUUGUUCUGCCAAGUGGAGUGUUCGGGUGUGUGUCUCGCCACGAUCUCUCUCGUCACUGCCGGAGGCCAGCUGGAAGACCCUCCCUUCAACUGUGGCAUGCGCUACCAGUUACCGCUGCAGCCCACCGCCAGGCUACAUCGUGUUUGGUAG